UAGAAAAGAGAUGAAAAUUUUUUCACCAUUUAGGACUUGAGCAAAUUAGCACAAAAGUUGAUAAAAAUCGUUGAGAAAAUUAUAUAAAAUAGUGAAGUUUAAACACAAACGAUGCAAAGAUGAAUUUUUCAUAAAAGCUAGAGAAUCUAAGGUAGCCAGUGGAAUAGAUUUUUUUGCAGAACCUGGCAGUGGGCACAGUGCAAGAAAACGAUAGGUAAAAAAAAAAUAAGGCAAAGAGCAAUAGUAGUGCAGUGGCGAGCAGCAGUCAAAAAGGCAAAACAGGUACAAGGCAAGCAAGUAGUGAAAAAGGGAGACAGUGCAAGAAAACAGUGAUUGAAAAGAGACCUAGAAAAGGAGUAUACGUACAGAAACGGAAAGAGGAAUAUCAAUAAAGCAGUGCGGAAAAAAAUGAAACAUCACUAAAUACGGAAAAAAUCAAAAUUACGCAGACACAGUAAAUUGUAUCACAAACAAAUUCGCGCACCAUAUAAUAUUAAAAAUUUCAGAGGUAAUACCUCUAUAUAGUGGUGUAGUGAUCAAGAUAAGUGCUCGAAAUCUGAGCAAUUUAUUUUUAGGCUCAUAAGUAAAAACAAUUGUAUAAGAAAAAAAUGUCUUCGAAUAAUCAAUCAUCCGCCGCGCAGGGUGUAAACCCCAGUUCAAAUACUGCAAAUGCAGCUAGUGGGGCAACAAGUGCGGUUUCAGAUCAACGCAAUGCUCCAACGGACUCUCCAUCUGCUGCUGGCGGCAGCACCACUACAACGACUGCUGGUGGACCAGCAGAUAGUCCAACUCGAGUUGCAAAAACACCUGCUGUUAAUACAAAGGAACGUGUUAUUGAUAAUGUUCCAUUUCCACCCAGCCAUAAGUUAACUAUGGCCGAAGUGUUUGAUCUGAGAACUGGCAAACCUAAUCAUGACAUAUUAAAACAGCAUUUCAUUCUUGAAGGUCGCAUAGAGGAGGCACCUGCAUUACGAAUUAUUCAAGAGGGGGCUGCCUUGUUGCGGCAAGAAAAAACUAUGAUAGACAUCGAGGCGCCAGUGACCGUAUGCGGAGAUAUACAUGGACAGUUUUAUGACCUCAUGAAAUUAUUUGAAGUAGGAGGGUCACCAGCCUCUACUAAAUACCUCUUCCUUGGCGAUUAUGUGGAUCGAGGUUAUUUUAGUAUUGAGUGUGUUUUGUAUUUGUGGUCAUUGAAAAUCACAUACCCGAAUACAUUAUUCUUAUUGCGUGGCAAUCACGAAUGCCGGCAUUUAACAGAGUACUUCACUUUCAAACAAGAAUGUAAGAUCAAAUACUCGGAACGUGUUUAUGAUGCAUGCAUGGAUGCUUUCGAUUGUUUACCUCUAGCGGCUUUAAUGAAUCAACAAUUUCUGUGUGUCCAUGGUGGUUUGUCACCGGAAAUCCACGAAUUGGAAGAUAUACGUCGUUUGGAUAGAUUUAAGGAGCCACCAGCAUUCGGACCUAUGUGCGAUUUGUUGUGGUCAGAUCCCUUGGAAGAUUUCGGUAACGAGAAAAAUUCAGACUUUUACUCGCACAACUCAGUGCGUGGCUGUUCGUAUUUCUACAGUUAUGCAGCAUGCUGUGACUUUUUGCAAAAUAACAAUCUUUUAUCGAUUAUACGUGCACACGAGGCGCAGGACGCCGGCUAUCGCAUGUAUCGCAAAAGUCAAACCACUGGGUUCCCAUCGCUAAUUACCAUCUUCUCGGCACCGAAUUAUUUGGAUGUGUACAACAACAAAGCGGCGGUGUUGAAAUAUGAAAAUAAUGUAAUGAACAUCAGACAGUUCAACUGUUCUCCACAUCCUUACUGGCUUCCCAAUUUCAUGGAUGUAUUUACUUGGUCGUUGCCGUUCGUAGGCGAGAAAGUGACUGAGAUGCUGGUGAAUGUAUUGAAUAUUUGCUCGGACGAUGAACUCAUGACCGAGGAGAGUGAAGAGCCGUUGUCCGAUGACGAAGCGGCGUUACGCAAGGAAGUCAUUCGAAAUAAGAUACGUGCCAUCGGUAAAAUGGCACGUGUAUUCUCAGUGUUGCGUGAAGAAUCUGAAUCUGUACUGCAAUUGAAGGGACUCACACCAACCGGUGCACUGCCUUUGGGCGCACUAUCCGGUGGUAAGCAAUCAUUGAAGAAUGCGAUGCAAGGCUUCUCGCCCAAUCAUAAGAUCACUUCAUUUGCCGAAGCCAAGGGCUUGGAUGCUGUGAACGAGCGCAUGCCGCCGCGGAGAGAUCAACCGCCAACACCCAGUGAAGAGCAUAUAAAUAGUCAAGGAGGCACAACUACGCAUAAUGGGUAAUUAGACUAAAGUGUGUAAGUUGUGAAUAUUUCAUAUACAAUAGUAGAUGAUAUAUGUAUGUAAGAGACAUGUAGAGGGAUGCAUAAAACUUUGAAAGUGUAAUACCUACAUACGUUCAAAAUGUGCAAUGCAAUUAAAUUAUGCAAAAUGUUAAAUACCAUUUAUUAAUUCAUUCAAGUUUAAAGUUAAUGAAAGAAAUUACAUAUAAAAUAAACAAUAAAGCAUUAUUUAAGCCAAGCACCUAUUGCAAGUUA